AAACAUCUCUAUCAAGACAACUUCUCUUUCUUCGACCUUUUUAACAGUUUUCCCUGCUUGGACAUAAUUGAAAAGUUCAUAACAACAUUUUCAGCAUUGGAAUCAAACAAUAUGUGGAGUAUUCCACGAAACAAAGAAGAUAAGAAGGGAUAUAGUUGGUUUCAGCGGCAGUUUUUCCAGCAAAAUGGCUCCUCAUGAUUAUGACUUCUCUUAUGAGAUCGAGUUCUCGACGGCAAUAGCUGCUGCUGCAUUUGUUAUCCAUUCAGUUGAAGAGGCCGACUUGGAAUCCGAAAACAAGUUGAGAGAUGGCACCAGAGCAUCCAUGGGCAGGGUAAAGACUAGAAAAGAUGACCCGUCUAUGCCGCCGGAAUCCAGACAAAUUUCCAGCAAGGAAGCAGAAGGUGCUGGCGAGGAUGCGAUGCCGAGAGAACCCGCAAGAUGGGCGGGUUCUAAUCAAUUAGAAAGAACAACAAGACGAAGUCCGGAUGCCAAGACCGAUGCGUGGGAGAAAUCUGCCAUGGCUAAGCUUGUAAAACGGCAUGAGAAGGUGAACUCUAGCAUCAUUGCUUGGGAGAAGGAGAAGAAGAUGAAAGCCAAAGUAGACAUGGAAAGGCAAAAGAGGGAACUGGAGCAGAGAAAGGCAAUAAAUCUGCUACAUUAUCAGAACGAAACGGCAAGGAUAGAUCACAUUGCAAGAGGGGCGCGAGCGCAGUCAGAAGACAAGAGGAGAAAGGAAGAGUCUCAGGUGAGAGAGAGAGCAAAGAAGAGGAUUAGAUCCAAAGGAAAGGUUCCUUUUGGUAGAUGUUUCUGUUUUUGAAGAUGGAACCCUCCA